GCAGACUGACGUCGCAACACGAGAGCUGACAUACAGUUCUGGUACACCUUACUACCUGACCACGCCACUCCGAUUGAGGAGUUCUUAAUUGUCAAAACCUCCUAAUUCAUGAACAUAUUUCUAUAUAUGAGCCCGUGCGACAAAAUUCGCUGCACACAUCCAUACAGCAUCUUGCCUACAUGAAAUACAUACCAAAAAACAACCAGCACGAAUUCGCUGGGUGUGAAGAGUUGGUCCAAGAAGCUCGUGUAAUAGAAUUUGGUGAACAGAUGACUGAGGAUGCCUCACAAUGGCUUCAUAUGGAGCAGCACGCGACUUACGAACAGACUUUUCCACGGAAUCUCUCGGGAGAAGUUUCCGCCUUGGGGUCUGACCCUCACAUUCCUAAUUCUCCAGAGGCUACCCGGAACGAUACUAUUCAACUGAGCUCAGCUGAAAUGCUAGCAACUAGUCAUAAUUCAGUCAAGCCAGUUGGGACUCGCAGUAGCCAAGGUCGCAGCCCCUGUCCAGAGUACCAACCAGAGUUUGUGGGUUGUCUUCGCCAACAUAAUAGAAGAAAACGUUACCCGACACAAGUUUAUCAUACUAGGGGUCCGUUACUUGCAUCACAUGCACAUAAGUCUUCCAGCUCAUCCUUGGGAGACUCUGCAGCUCCAAGGAAAACAACGGAUUCCCCCAGUCUUGAAACGCAACCGCAACGGAAUCCCAUCGAGUCACUACAGGAAUUCCUAGAUUGGAGCGAGUUCAAUCCGGGAACGACUGAAGUUUCGGCACACCUAGAGAGAAAUAUGCUCCGUGAAGUGGCCACCAACGCUAGCUCAGCGGAUACGAAUGAUUCGGACAGCAUCAGAUCUCGAACCAUAGCGGAGCUCCUCCUAUCUGAGAACAGUGGACCAGAAGCAUCUCGUACGAACAGUAUGACCUCACUAUCAUCGGAAGCUAUGCGAGGGUCCGUCCCUCCUGCACACAUCCUAAAGUCACCAGGCUUCUUGCAUUCAUUGACCAGGAUAAAGCGAUCAUGGACACGUCGAAGUUCCACAAUGGGUCCCGUUCUUCGCACUACUACUGAUCCCGUCCUGAAGAGACCUUGGGAAGCCGUUCUACGCCACCGACUGGGCUCCAUUCUUUCCAAAGAGCGGAGACAUACUGUACAUAGUUCCUUGGAGUUACAACCACCCGAGAUGCCUAGAAUUCCACCCAAUAGUUCGCUUCCUACAUCUCGGGCUCCUGUGAUGCCUCUUAGUAGGCCAAAACUGGCUAGCUUUUAUGCUCGCUACAGAGAAUCUCCAUUAUCUCCUCAUUCGCGCCCUGAAGAUCAACUUGGUAUGGUCGAGUAUCUGAAUGAAACACGCAUGGAUACAGCGACAUGCAAAGACCUACAGACCAGGACCUAUGGCAUACAACAAGAAUCUAUGGCACCUUGGAACUCUACCGAGUCAGUCACAGAAACCGUCACUACAGCUGGACAGCAACAGCUGGGGUCAUCUAGUCCGCUGCUUAUAUCCAAGACUGCCUCUUCUGGUAUGUUUCUUACACCGAGUCGCGGUACCGAAGAGGGCUCUCCAGGGGCGGAAGACUACUUCUCAGCACCUUUAGCCUCAAGUUCAGAGAAACAUGCACACACAUCUGAAACCUCGCCUCACAUGUUGUCUCAAUCCAUUUCACCGACGUCUGACCCUCUGAACACACCUUUCGAUCUAGAGCACUACUUGUCGCGAGGCGGCCGGCCUACCUUUGAAACUCCUCGACCCUUGCUGGGACCAGCAGUCCUGGCACCGGUACCACUAUCAGCGGCACGAACAAGGUCUAGGACACUUGAAGCCAGAGAGGGCUUAGGAGAAAGAAGGAUGAGAAGAAAUAUGUGUGCCGCUUAUGACGUCGCUUGUAUGCUGAGAUCGGGCUUGUCGUUAGAGACGGUCAAAAGAUCCAAUCAGGAUGGUCGUGAAGCGGCGUUAGACGUGAAGAAAGACGAUAUCCAACUACAAGAAUCGAAGAAGAGGGGUAAACUGCAGAGGCGGCGGGCGAUGAGCUUUUGAGGCUAUUGCAGGAUUAUCACAAUGUAGUUUGAUCACAACAU